CUCAUGAUAUACCAGGACCAUUCUAAAAGUGAUUCAGUUGAGCUCUAAACCACUUCAGGACUGCAUCUUCGCAUUGCCACAUCUCGACAUCAUAUUACACCAAGACCCAGUUCCUAUCGAUCAAGAUGGCUCUGUCGGCAGGCGAAAUCAAACUUGUGACUGACUCCUGGACUGCUGUAUACGCUAACAAGAAAGCAAAUGGAGUUGCUUUAUUUGUAAGACUCUUCUCGGAGAACCCCGGAUUCCAAUCGCAGUUCCGUUAUCUGGAUGGUGUGUCUGGUCUUGCUGCCAUCGAGAAAACGCCAGCCCUGGGAGACCACGCUGUGAAGGUGAUGGAUACAAUCAAUUCAUGGAUCGGCAGUUUGGGCGAUAGUUCUGCAAUGGUGGCGAAGUUAACAGCACUUGGCACUUCUCAUAUUGCACUUAAAGUCACACCGGCGAACUUCGAUGCCAUGGGUCCAGUACUGUUGUGGAUGCUUCAAGAAAAAGCAGGUGGUGCUUUCACUCCUGCUGCCAAGGACGCGUGGGCAAAGGGAUGGGAUCUCAUGAAAUCCCACAUUGUCAAAGCUCUGCAAGGUUGAAAAUAACAACACCAGUUGUCAUUUAGCGCCGAUCGGGCGAUUUUAAUAUACGGAUUAUAAAUAUAUUUCUAUAGCAAGCUGUUCUUGUAAAACACGUAUGCAAAUGAGCGAUCGUCGCUCGAGUAUCUCUGUUCAUUGAUACAAGGGUACAAUGUUUCAUUGACGUGUUUUUCUGUCAAACAUACACACUUUAAACAUCCAUGUUAAGAUGUCUACAUAGAUACUAGGACAGACCAUUUCGGAGCUUAGUAUUAUGCACGUCAUAGUAUGUGUUUGCGUCAUCAAGCUCGUUCGAGACUUGGAGAUAAUAAUCCACCGUUGUAUAGAGAAUAUAACACGAUUAACUACGGAAAGAAAUGAACAAAAUGAUGGAGUCAUUGAUGUAUCACACGUCGAACACAUAGCGUGUGACACUAAAAUUCAGAUCGUCUUUCUCGUUUGUCUUGCACCUUCAGUCCAAAUCAAUUCUUCCUUCUGAAAUCUUAAAAAAUGUGACAAUUUUCUCAUUUGCAAAUUACAAUAUAACAAAAUAUGUCAGUCUAAUGUUGUGUAAUGUCAAGCUUAAUAAAUAACACUAGAAAUAAGAA